UGGCGGGUCGGUUCAACACGUGACGUGGUAGGGUUUUAGGGGAAGCUCGCUUUCGUGGAGAGACGCCGACGGGGAAAGAUUUGGGGUUGGAGGAGGAGCCGGUCGAGGACGACGUCGUGAGAUGGACAACUCCGCCGAGCUGCAGCGCUUCCUCGAGCAAGAGAAACAGAAAGCAAUGGUUAGUGAGAUGGUGGGGAAGCUUACAAGCGUAUGUUGGGAUAAAUGCAUCACGGGCACCCCUGGCAGCAAGUUCAGCUCUAGCGAAUCCACCUGCCUUACCAAUUGUGCCCAACGAUACAUGGACAUGAGCAUGAUGAUCAUGAAACGUUUCCAAUCCAUGCAGUAAAUUGUAGUUUCACUGCUUUGUAAUUUCUCCUUCCAUCUUUCAGCAGCAUCUAAUUUUUGUUAUGUGAUGCUUAGACAUCUACUUUGUUCUUUCAGAAAAUAAAACCCAGCUCGACUUAUGUAAA